AUGGGUUACGAGAACAUCGGUGGUGGUAAACUGCGUGCAAAUGGUACUCCAGCACCAGCUAGAAAUCGAUCUCAUACAACUGCAGUUAAGGAUCGUGGACCGGAAGAUAAAAACAGGGCACUUGAUACUCAAGCGCCGAUAACGAUGGGUGAUGAGGAUGACGAACAGACUGGCAUUCAUGGUAAAUGUCAGAUGAUCAUCUGUGAUAAGGAACAUCACGAUAAACCCAAAUAUAAACAGAAGGAGUUCAUGCGACCGAAGUAUGGAGCCGUAAGUUUCGAUGUGAUCGAUGCGGUCAACGCUCGUCUGGCUGCAGUGAGUGGAAAUGCCGAUAUAUUCAACAAUUUACGGGUUGAAACAUCGGUUGAGAACAACGAGAAACGUAACGGUGAUGCUGAGGUAAAUCCGACGAACAUGAAGAAGUUAUCGCAGGAUGAGGAUGCGAACGCAGGCGUUGCUCACGUAUCACGACCGAAAAUAACCACACAGCUAUCGAACGAACGCACCAAUAAGAGUAAUCGUUCGAUUACGCCAGGUUUCGGUGUACUGCGACGAGCGAAGGUUUUUUCGACUCUAUUAGAGUGUGUUCCGUUGCUUUUUUAA